AAUCUUGUUGAAAGGGGGGUGUCCUCUUUGCAAUCAGCAGUCUCCGGCAGCUAUCCGAGUCAGUGCUCCUCCACAGUCAUCUUUAAAACCUGCUGCAAACACGCACCCCUUUACCUGCAGCUGAUCACCGAGCUGAGGCAACAUGUUCUGCAGACGGGCAUGGCAGAGAGUCGGGCCGCUGGCACGGAGGGCUUUCAACCCAGCAUCCAGAAACACAACUCCGGUGCGACACAUGGCCUUCGGGGUUCCUGGUGGCUCCUCCAACGUGGCUUACUUUGUUCUGUGUGGAGGAGGCCUGACUGCUGCCGUCGUCUAUGCCUAUAAGACGGUCAACGGUGAUAGCGAACGCUAUGAGGACAGACUCACCAACAUGGGCUCCACAGCAAAGGCACCAGAAGCAGAAGCUCCUGCAUCUGAAGCAGAAGCACCAGAAGCAGAAGCUCCUGCAGCUGAAGCAGAAGCACCAGAAGGAGCAGCUCCUGCAGCUGAUCCCGCCCCAGUGGAGGAGGCAGCACCCGCCACAGAGGUCGUCGCCGAGCCUGCCCCUGAAGAACCAGUAGCAGAGGCCGCUGCAGAAUCUGUCGCUGAGGCCGUACCUGAAGAAGUACCAGCCGUGGUCUCUGAGGUGGUCGUUGCUGAGGCUGCAGCUGAGCCAGCAGUCGCAGAAGAAGCUGCUCCACCUGCAGCUGCUGAGGCGGUUCCCGAAGCCGCUCCGGUCGCUGAGGAAGUAGCUGCCAUGGAGGAGACGCCAGCAGAGGCCCCAGCAGCAGAGAGCGCUGGUACGGCAGCAGUAGUGGAAGUCCCUCCUGAGGCAGAGACUGGCUCUGCAGCCCCUGAGGCUGAGGCCGCCCCUGCUGCAGAGGUGGCUGCAUAAAGCUGUGAGACCCAUAGUUUGCCCAAGGAGGGCUGGGAGUUAGUUGUGCUGUGUCCCAUCUCUCUGGGCUGAGGAAAAAAGGACUUAUGAACCCCUAUUUUAAUAAAAAGGGGAAAAAACAGAAUUGUUCGUUUUCACUUCUGGUUGGUUAAAUACCAGUUAGGGGUUCAUCAGUCCAGUUUUCAGGUGCCUUCCUUUCCUUACCUGACCCCAACCUUCAGACCCAAACCAGAACAUUUGGCAUUAGGCGGUCUGUUUAGAUCCAGUUUGGAAAAUUCAUUUUCUAUAGGAAUUCUUAGAGCCAGAGCGAAUCCAAAGUGUGGUUUGGCUGCUGUACAGUUCAUAGAGGAGUGUUGAAUCAGGUGAUAUAAGGGAAAGAGUUCAGUUUGUGUCUAAUGUUCUGUAAAAUAAUAUUCUGAAGUGCCCUUAAAACAAAACAGUCCUUGCUGCUCCUCCUUACUUAUGUAAAGUCAGCAUGGUGACUGGUUAUUCAGUCUCGUCAUCAUUUGCACUCUGUCUUUCUCUGCUCAGCUUAUUGCUGUUAUUUCAUCUAUAUCCCAUGAAUCUUUGCUUAGGUUAGGAUUAUUAUGCAAACCAUAGAGAGCUGGAACAUGAAGUCAGUGUGCUUCAUUAUCUCGAUGUGAAGUCUGACCAAAGAUCAGUGAGCUCCUCUUUUCCUGGCUGCAGUUCUUGUCUAGUUUUCUUAACUCGUAUAACAUCUCCUCUCAGAGCGAGACAAAGUUAAAAAAUGUGCUUCUCUUUCUUCUUUUCUGUUUUUUUUUACUCGACCAUAUUCUCUUUUUCUUGCACAUUCAAAUACUUUGAUUUCCAUUAUUACAUUUCUCCAGCAGCCUGCAGCCACUGUGUCUAACUUGACUUGUUUCAACAUCGUUUCAGUUUACCAGCCAUCGGAAAACCUGUUUUGUCUUUUGGUGUUAAACUCACCUCUGCUGUGUGCUCUCUAAAUGUGACACUAAUCUUUCAGGGAACGCUCCAGAAAAUUCAUUCACCUGUCUGAGCAAGUUUGUCAUGAUAAUAAAUAGAGUUAAGUGUUCAAAGAAUAAAACCUUACUGAAUUGAUAUAA